UCGUAUCUGAAAACAAUGUAAUAAAAAUUCCUUGUAAACAAAUCCUUCAUGUAAAUAUGUUUAAUACAACACUACACGAUGCAAUAUUUGUAGUAUUAAUAAUUUCCAUUCAAGAAUUACGUUUCCAGCCUGGUUACUACGUAGAGUCCACUUGUACUGGUACCUUGAUCAGAGAGGACACAGUUUUAACAGCAGCUCACUGUUUCCGCAACAAAUCCUUGUACGAACCUACUGAAGUUAGGAUCAAGCUUUUGACGGGUUCUGUGAGGAGAGUCAAUGAAGUGUUCGUCCACCCUAACUUCAGCGAUGGUUGCGACUUGGCAAUACUCACCCACACAUCCAUAGGACGACCAGAGUUCCCAAAACUACCAGCGAAACAUUUAACGACAAACCAGACUUGCUUCUCAGCAGGUUAUGGAGGUUCACAUGUCUUGAAACUCAUCCCUGUGGAUUUAUCAACAAGUUUUCUAGGUAGAGUUAAAACAUUUUUCACGGUUUUAUUCUCGGAUGGCUCCCCAUGUCGAGGGGAUUCGGGUGGACCAUUGAUUUGUGGGAAUGUAUUGUAUGGAGUUUUAUCUCAGGGUACAGUCACAUCAUGUAUGGACAGAACAGGAAUAGUCCUGUACGAAGACGUCUUCCAGGACCUACCUUGGAUUCAACAGUUCCUAGAUCGACCUGUGAUAUCCCACAGCUGGAAAAACAAGAAGUGGAUUGCGUAUUUUAUAUUUGGUCUGCUUUUGGUACUUUUUAUAGUAACAGCUUGUCUAGUCAUUGUAUGA